CUUAGACAAACGGGAGAGAACAUAAUAAUUGAAGGAAAAAAAAAUAAUUAAACAAAAGUAACGUUUGGUGAAAAAAUAAUUAUUAAACUAUUAAAAUAUUGGCCGGUGUAGCUAAAGAACGAAUGUGAAACAUUAUUGAAGCGAACAGUGCGAACAGUGAAACACAGUAACCCGAGUGCAGAGUGAGUGUAAGGUGAGAACAGCGUUCGUGUAUCUGCCGGAAGGAAAGUACUCGCGGUGGGUAAUAAAAUAUAGAAGAAACAACACAGAAACCCAAAACGAAACAAUUAAAUGUGCGCAAGUGGUUAGGCAGCGAGGGGCGAAAUAAGUACACGACGAUCGAACGUGAGAAAUAGUGUGGUUGCGCAGUGUCGGAUAGAGAGGACCCGGCCAAACGAAUCGCAUAGGCCGGAAGCAAACCCAGUGACUAGUGGAGUGACUAGUUCCGUGUGGAAACAUAACAACAACGAAAAAAAAAUUAAAUGCGCACGUAAGCAACGAACCUCCCCACAGUGUGAGGCUUCAAAAGGCAGGGGUUCCGUAUCGAAUCGGGGGAAUUCUGGUGCAAUAAUAAAAAAGGGUUUGACGUUUUUGGAAAAGCCUCUCAGCAAAAGCAACAACAAAAAAAAAAAACAAAAUGGCACACGGAAGGAAGUUAAGCAUUAGUGCGGCGGUAAUGGUGGUGUCGAGUCUGGUGACGGUUUGUUCCGGAUCGGCCAUACCGAUGUGGGAGUUUCUCAGUCGUGGCGAAAAGAUGUCACAUCUGUACACGAUGUUCGCCAAGCAGGUGUCGAGCUACUGCAAAAGUUCGCAAGAUAUGCCGACCAACAUGUGCAAGCGGAACCUGCUGAUGUACGGCAUCAACAAGCUGCAGGAUAUGAACGAGUCGCACCUCGACUCGAUGGACCCGUACCAGCGUGGCGCUACUGAUAUAAUUUGGGACGCCAUGAUGGACGGUCACACGAAGAACGGCAAAAAGAAGACCCAAACGACGGCCGCUCCUGCCUACAUCAUGAGCGAACAGUUCGAGCACAAUCCGCUCUUCGACGAUCCGGCACCGAUGGCGGAUGGUGUGCGCAAGAGCGGUGGCAGCAUCAGCAAGUACGGCAUGGACUACGACUACGGUAAUGGGCCGACCGGGCAGGAGAUGCACUACUCCGAGCCGCAGAACCAUCUGCCACAGGAAGCGUCCACCAAUGUCGACUACAGCUAUCAGUACGAGCCGGCCGCAUCGACACACUUCAACAAUCUCGCACCGUACGAGCAGACGAGCAACUAUCUGACCGGUCCGAUGGUGGUGCGCCUGCGCCCGGACGGUACACCGGUGGAGGAGGACAAGGUGCAGGCGGCACCGGUCGCACCCAAGGACGACGACAUCAAGGAGAUGACGCUCGGCAAGGAGAAGAUGCCGAGCUUCCAGCAGAUCUACGACAGUCUCAAGCAGAACGAGGACCAUCAUCUGCCGUCGACGGUCGCCCCGGCCACCACCACCACCACCACGACGGUCGCCCCAACGACGGUUGCACCCACACAGCAAGUGUUUGCCUACGUUCAGCGUCUGCCCAACUACCUCCGGUCGUACCGUACCGCCUACCGGGUGUACAACGCGCACUAAGCCUGGGUGGUGCUGCACCGGUGGCUGGCAUCGAAAGCUGAAUGUGAUUUUAAUUAAUUAACUCAACCUAAAACCGACCGAAACCAACGAACAGACGCGGACCGAGCACACAGGACACCUCACAACACACACACACACACUCAUACACAUAGAGACAUAUACACAAACAGAUACAGGACGCAUAUUCGCAACUAACACUAACCGGUUCGUUUGUGCUUUUUUUUUUGCUGAGCAGAGAUAACAGAAAACAAUAUACACAAAAAAAAUCUUCAAACGGAUAGAUCGCACCCUGCAAUAUGGCUCGCCGAGCAUCCCACCGAGCUGGAUAGCGUUGUUUUAGCCACAAAUUUGCACAAAAACACACCGGCUCGUGUGGGAUGGUUCGGUUGCAGGCAGGUUACAGACAAACAAAACAAACAAAACAAACAAACGCAAAAAACGAUCAGUGAACAGUACGGAACGUCUGGCUGCUAGACAUUCUUAAGCAAAUUAUAUACCGUGGGCAGGUUUGUCGGUGGUUGGAAAUUCUUUCACGAUCACGGAAACGCGAUCGGCAAAGCCGGGAAGCUGCGGCGGCAACUGCGAUCAGUGCCGGGUGGGUUUCGAGCUGAUCGAGAGUUGGCUGAGCCAUUUGCUUUUCGGAAGCUUUUCCACCCGAAACCGUGCGUUAGGAGUCAGCCAAGAGAGAAUGAGAGAGAGAGGAAAAAAAAAGAGAGAGAGACAUCAUGCAAAAACGAUCAUUGAAUGCGCACGCUGGGGAUUUGGACAUUCAUUUUCGAGCGCUUUUAACAUAUUUAUAUUGAAAAAAGAAAACAACCCAUCGUCAUUCAUGCGCGGGGAGCACAUCUCAUUCGUUUCGUAUUAGUUUCGUUUUUUUUUCUCUUCUUCAAAACGGUGUAAAAAUGUUGAACGGUAUGAAAUCCACGAUAUAUUGUGCUGUGACAAGGUGGCAGGCCGGACACAAAACAAAAGAAUACGAUAGAGCGAAGCGUGCGGUACGUAUAUGUUAUACUAGCUCGGUCGAUAUGGAUUAAUUUUAUUAUUAUUUUUAUUGGAUACUUUUAAGAGAGGGAGAGAGAGAGAGAGAGCGUCCGUGUGGAAGGGUACGUUAAAUUAUUUCUCAAUAUAUUUAUGUGUGUAUUGCGCAUAGCAUGCGGAGGGAGGGAGUUUAUGCGCGGGACCAAGUGGGAAAGUAGAGAAACAUGCGUGUGGAAGUGUGGAAAAAAAAGAAGAAAAAUCAAAACAAAAAAAAAAAGGAAAUUACUCUUUUUAUAAACAGCAUGGGUGGUAACAAAAAAUGGAGGGAGGGCGCAAUUAUACACAAACAAAUUUUAAACGAUUUUGGAUGAAAUAGAAACACACAAUUUGCAUCCCGCAACCGUUAAGCAGAUGCACGUUGGAUGCGUAUAUUCCACCCAAAAUUGAACGGUAUUCCAAAUAAUUUGGAGCAAAUUUUUUAAACAAAACCUUAAUGUUAGUGAUUGGAUAAAUAGCAUCCUGCUAGGGGAUGACGAUCGUUAAGGCGUUUCUCGUAGGAAAGGAUGGCAGGUGCGAGUGGGUGUGUGCAAAAUGGGAAAUGUUAGGCUGUAAUAAGAAGUAGACGAGGCGGUGAAACAUAAAAAUGGUAACACAUUUUCUCAAUCGAUUUAGAAGACGGUACGGAGCAACAGGCGGCGUACAUUACUAGUGGUAAGCUACUGUGAGCUACAGCGCGUUUAGCAGUUAAAGGAUCUGUCCAGCGAUGAUUGAAUCAAAUAAUUGUGAUGUCUUAUGGGUUAGGGAUGUUUGUGCCAGGGAUCUCCCCGCACCUACGUACGGUAGAUGGCGGAUCCCCGGAAACAGUGAACAAGGAGUGAAGCAUUAUGUAAAGCAAACAGCAGACAUGCUUCAGAUGGUACAUCUGUUUGAAGAUACGUGUGAUCAAUUUUGUUGACGAAUGUCGAACUCCAAAGGAAUUACUACGCAUGAUGUGUGUUUUGAGAUGUAUUUCAAAAUGCCAAGUGAAAUAAAAUGAAU